CCUCCCCCCAUAUCCGUGCGCCGAGCUGAUAAAGGCGCCAUUUUGGAGGGGCCGCGGGAGACGUGGUGUCGCUGCGGGCUCGCUCUGCCGUGCGCUAGGCUUGGUGGGAAGGCCUGUUCUCGAGUCCGCGCUUUUCGUCGCCGCCAUGUCGGGAGGUGGUGUGAUUCGUGGCCCGGCAGGGAACAACGAUUGCCGCAUCUACGUGGGUAACUUACCUCCAGACAUCCGAACCAAGGACAUUGAGGACGUGUUCUACAAAUACGGUGCUAUCCGUGACAUCGAUCUCAAGAAUCGCCGCGGAGGACCGCCCUUCGCCUUCGUUGAGUUCGAGGACCCUCGAGACGCGGAAGACGCGGUAUAUGGUCGCGACGGCUAUGAUUACGAUGGAUACCGUCUGCGGGUGGAGUUUCCUCGAAGCGGCCGUGGCACCGGCCGAGGCGGCGGCGGGGGUGGAGGUGGCGGGGCUCCCCGAGGCCGCUAUGGCCCCCCAUCCAGGCGUUCUGAAAACAGAGUGGUUGUCUCUGGACUGCCUCCAAGUGGAAGCUGGCAGGAUCUGAAGGAUCACAUGCGUGAAGCAGGUGAUGUAUGUUAUGCUGAUGUUUACCGAGAUGGCACUGGUGUCGUGGAGUUUGUACGGAAAGAAGAUAUGACCUAUGCAGUUCGAAAACUGGAUAACACUAAGUUUAGAUCCCAUGAGGGAGAAACUGCCUACAUCCGGGUUAAAGUUGAUGGGCCCAGAAGUCCAAGUUAUGGAAGAUCACGAUCUCGAAGCCGUAGUCGUAGCAGAAGCCGUAGCAGAAGCAACAGCAGGAGUCGCAGUUAUUCCCCAAGGAGAAGCAGAGGAUCACCACGCUAUUCUCCCCGUCAUAGCAGAUCUCGCUCUCGUACAUAAGAUGAUUGGUGACACUUUUUGUAGAACCCAUGUUGUAUACAGUUUUCCUUUACUCAGUACAAUCUUUUCAUUUUUUAAUUCAAACUGUUUUGUUCAGAAUGGGCUAAAGUGUUGAAUUGCAUUCUUGUGUAAUAUCCCCUUGCUCCUAACAUCUACAUUCCCCUCAUGUCUGAUAAAAUGUAUUUUAAGUGAUGUCAUAGACAGGAUUGUUUAAAUUUAGUUAACUCUCCAUGCUCUUCAGACUGUGAUAUUGUGUAAAUGUCUAUUCUGCUCUGGUUUGUGUGAACUGGGGAUGUUGGGGGGUGUUUGUGGUUAUCUUACCUGGGGAAGUUCUUAUGUUUAUCUUGCUUUUCAUGUGUCUUUCUGUAGACAUAUCUGAAGAGAUGGAUUAAGAAUGCUUUGGAUUAAGGAUUGUGGAGCACAUUUCAAUCAUUUUAGGAUUGUCAAAAGGAGGAUUGAGGAGGAUCAGAUCAAUAAUGGAGGCAAUGGUAUGACUCCAAGUGCUAUUGUCACAGAUGAAAUUGGCAGUAUUGACCUUAUACUAAAAGGCAAGGGUUUAAAGUGAUUAUAUACAUCUACCUUAAAACACUUGCAAACAUCUUAUGCAGUUAUCUUUAGCUACAAUUGCUUUGCUCUUUAAACCUUGGCAAUUGUGGCAAAUGUUACAUUGCCCAUUUUGUAACAAUUUAUUUUGCUCCCUUCCCCCCUUUUUUGUUUUAAUAGGGACUAAUGUGGGAAGAACUGGCUAAUUUGUCACAGUGCUUAGUUACAACUGUUAAUGUGUGACCUGCUGUUGGUGUACAUGUGGGUACAGGGUGUCUUUAAUUCCAACCAGAUAGAGUAUAAUAUCAAUACUGCUAAAUCUGCAUGUCCUCUGUGUGACUGAUAUAGCGUUGCUAUUUCAUUUUUUUAAGACAAAAUGAAAGCAAAAUAGAGAAUUCCAAUGUAUUGGUGUAGAUAAUCUAGUUGGGAAUACUUUUUAAGUCUCACCUUCCCCUUUUAACUAAUAUUCAUAAUUGACUCGUUUAAAACACUUUAAUUUACAAAUUAAAUUGCAGAUGGGAGCAUUAGGUUUAGUUUAGACUUAGGGUGGGUAGCAAUACCAGUAAACUUUUCAACUACAUAACUUUUUGCAACCACAAAACCUGUAAUACGCUGUACAGUAACAAGUGUUGGCAUUAUCAGUUGAACUGUAAAUAUAAAAUGCUUCUUCCAAUUAGUCUCUAUGAUGAUUAAGUUUCUAAAAUUUAUCUGAACACCAUUCAGAAACUUGUUUUGGGGAAUUUGAUAGUUAUUGAUGUACAUCUGUUAAACUGAUGACAGACAUAACUCAUCAUUCCCCAGAAACCUUUUUUGAUUACAGUAUCUAACAUUUUGCCUCCUCUUUUUUGGUUUUGCUGGUUAUAAAGGUUUGGAUUGGAGAGGGCUCACUGGAUCCCAAUCCUUGGAGCUGGAUCAUUGGAUUCAAAUCAUAAUGUGGAUAGGAUAGGGAGGAUGAAUUACAAGGAUUCAUGGAGCGGGAUCAGAUUACCAGGAACAUAGGAGUGGAUUCCUGCCCCAACCAAACCGCAUUCGUGUGGAUUUUUUUUUUUUUUUAUUCAACUUAAUUGGCUAUUCCAAAGAUUUUUUUUUUCCUAUUUUUGACGAUUGGAGCCCUUAAGAUGCACGAUGGAAUUGUGUUUUGCAUUUUUUGGUAAAAGGAGCAAAGCGAGGACCUGGAGAUAAUACGCUGGAGCAAUCUCCUUGGAAGGAUUCAGCACGAGUAGAUGGUAAACAUUUAAAGGGGAAAGGGGGGGUUUGUUUAAAAUAGUAAAUCAGUAAGUCACUUCUAAAUUUAAAGAACAAAAUUGGAGUUGAAGAAUAAGUAGGUUUCCAAUUGGCUAUUGCCGUUUUUCUUUGAAAAAAAAAUAAACAUUUUUUAAAAAACUA